AUGCCUUCUUCAUCAGACACUGGAGUUUCAGACACUUUGGAUCCUAUGGCGAUCGUAUCAGAUGACGAGAUUCCAUCCGAGCGAGAGCCCUUUGCUCUGCCUGACAUUGGAGCUGAGCCUGCUGAUGGCCUUCCCGCCGGGGACUUACCACUUGCGGUGAUCCCUACUCCUAUACCUCUUGCUGCUUAUCCAGCAUUCGACUUUCCACUCGAUGUUGUUUCUGACGACGACAUCGAUCUGUUUGAGGAGGACCCACCUGAGGCUGAUCAUGAAGGCGAGGCCCCUAUUGUUGCUGAUGUUAUCUUACCCAUUGCUGAGGCCCCUACAGAGGAGCUUCUUGCUGAUUCACCUGUCCCAGAUUCCUUUGAGUCUGUAGCAUCUGCGUCCUUACACACUCAGGGAGUGCAGCAUCACUCAUCAGACGCCGACCCCGACAUGGCAUUAGUAGCUGCACCUGCUCUCGCACACGACUUUGAAUUUGUUGACCCGGAGCCUGUCGUGGCCACUGAGCCAGUCGUUGCUCCUGAUCCUGCAUUAGAGCAUGACCCUGUUCAUGAUGAUGCACCAGCCAUUGCACCCUUUGUUGAUGAUGUACCCGUUGCUGACGCUCCUGUUGACGCUCCACUCUUGAUAGAGGAUCUUGUUGUUGCACCCUUUCCUGAUCCUGUGCCGGUGCUGUUCGACCGUGCACCUUUUGCUACUCAUGUAGAUCCACGUUACGCCGACACCCGUAACGGGUGGAUUGAUGACGAUGACGAUUACCCACCUUUUGUGCGACCCGUUACACCUCCAGUAGCCCCCGUUUCAGCACCCAUUUCUGCACCCACUGAUAUCCCACUGUUUCCCCCACACAUCACCGAUGCUCAUCGCACUGAUCUCCCUGUUACGUUCCUUCAGGACAUACCGCCACCGCGUCCUGGAGAGAGGUCAUCUAGGUAG